AUGUCGCGACCUCCCGUUCCACGGUCUUCGGUCGCAAGUGGCCUUGCGCCUCCCGCUCCGCCGCCAGGAUAUCCUACCAGCAUGCACGGAUCCGGUGUAUUUCCCCCGCCUCUGCCGCUCAGUGCGGCACCAAGCAGACCGCAGUCGCGCAUUGAACCACCUCCGCUGAGCGCGACGAUGGGACCGAUGCCCGGAACGCUGGAGCGGCCGAUACAAGGACCGCGCAAGAGACUCAUCGUCACGUGCGACGGAACGUGGCUCGACUCGGACAACGGACUGAUGAACGGCCAGAAACAGCCUCCUUCCAAUGUGUCGCGGAUUGGCUGGGCGAUCAAGGACACGUCAAGAGAUGGGAUACCACAGAUUGUCAACUACCAGGCUGGAGUGGGCACGGCGGGCGGACCCGCCGCGAGAGUCGUCGGAGGAGCAACGGGACUGGGUCUGAAAGAAAACAUGCGCGAAGCAUACACCUACCUGGCCAUCAACUGGAAACCCGGAGACGAGAUCUUUCUCAUGGGAUUCAGCCGUGGCGCAUUCACCGCACGAAGUACCGGCGGCAUGAUCGGGGCCUUGGGUCUGCUGACGAGACUGGGGCUUCCCUAUUUCAAUGAGAUUUUCGAAGAUUGGGAACAUCGCUUCGACGAUCGAUAUGUAUCGAAGUUUCCGAACGUGCCAUUCCCGGAAAAAGGACCUUUCGACCAGCGAUACGUGGACGAGCUAGCGAGACGCGGUCUCACCACUCUCCAUAUACCUAUUAAGGCGAUAUGUUGCUGGGACACAGUCGGCAGCCUGGGAAUCCCACGGGUGGCCUGGCUCGAGAAUCUGCGUCUACAGCCUCCGGGCAUGCACGACUACGAAUUCUACGACACUCGGCUGCACCCAUGUAUUGAGAACGCGUUCCAGGCUCUGGCUCUUGACGAGCGUCGAGCGCCUUUCUCCCCCGCCCUCUGGGAGAAGCGUGAUAACGAUCGCACCAAUCUUGUGCAGGUCUGGUUUCCUGGCGUGCACAGCAACGUGGGGGGUGGAUAUGAGGAUCAGGAUCUCGCCAACAUCACCCUGGCUUGGAUGAUCUCCAAGCUCGAACCGUUUCUGGACUUUCGGCCCAAUUUCCUCAUCGGCCUCUGGGAAGAAAAUCGCGCUUAUUACAAGACCACCGGCCAGAAAACCCGAUGGUGGAGUUUUGGCGAGUUGUACAAUUCCCUCAAGGGCAUCUACAGUCUGACUGGUUCCAAGAACCGGACGCCGGGGAAUUACUACAGAACCGAUCCACAUACCGGGCGGCCGAUGAACAAGAGGCUGAAAAACACCAAUGAAUACAUCCACGCGAGCGUCCGGAGUCGUCUUGGACUACAAGGACCCGGAAGCCAGGAUCGAGGCGUGUAUGACCCUCCUGCAUUAAGGGAUUGGACAUUCAAUACGGAAAUUGUUCCGCCUGGUCAAGGAGGCGGUCCGGACGGUCUGCUCGUCGUGUGGACGAACCACAGCACGAGGUCGAGAGGCGGGCAGGACAAGAUCCCCGAAGCUCGUCUGUCAGAGACGGAAUUGGUCCUUCUAAGGCAAAGCUCAAGAGUGUACGACUAUGUUCGCAAUUUAAGACCGCCAUCGGCGCCCCGGGAGAAGAGGCGGUCCAGGAGACAAGAUGGAAUGGCUCCUCUGCCACCGGACUAUGCUGCGGCCGGCGCAAUUCCUCCGCCCCAAGAUUCCAGAAGGAGCAGCAGGUUGAAUCCGAAUGGAUUUCCCGAGACGGAUGAGGAGAGGAGGCGGAGGAAACGAGACAGUCGCGAUCCGGACCAACAGAGACGAAGACGGAGUCGACGACAUGACGAUUGA